GAAUGCAUAUGAUAUAAAUGAAAAAGAUGAAUGAAGAUGGCGAAAGUGCGGGAGGUAAAUUUGCAAAUAAGAGAAAAAAUAUAAAGCCGGAAGUUCAUUCUAAGCCAAUAGAUAAAUAAUAAAUAAAAUAAAAUAUAAUAUUUUUGAAGACAUUACAACCAAUAAUUUACAAACCGUUAUUGUUAUUUUUAACAAUUCCAUUGCGCGUUAUGAUUGCGUGAUCUCGCGGUGAGUUAUUAAACUAUUUACAAACAUUACCUUUUACUGAUCAUGUAGCAGUCCUACUUAUAAUCUAACUUAAAUUUGUUUUUUUUUGUCAAUGAACCUUCAAAACAACUUAUGUAACCAUUCGAAAUGAAUCUUUUUCUUAACAAGUACACAUUUCCUCGAUAAAAAAAUGUUAUACUUUGUAUAAAUAUUAAUACCUAAUUUACUUUUCUUUAUGACUGUCUGUAUCUUAUAUCUUUAAAUACAAAUCAUUUCAAUCAAGUCACAUUUAUAUCUAUUUUCGUGUAUUAAAUACGCUUCAGUCGAAUGUAACAAGCAAGAUGUAUUUUUCUGUUUUGAUAAUAUAAUGAACUACUUUUGUAACUUGUGCAAAUGAUAUAUUUUAAUAAUGCUUACCAUACAAUUUGGGCAAUGUGGAAAUCAACUAGGACAUACAUUAUUCUCAGAAGUAUCAUCUGAUUUGGAAUGUGCAAAUACAGGUGUAUCAUAUAAGGCUAAUUAUCAAUAUUCAGAAGACACAUUUAAUAAAUGGUUUAAUGGUAUAUCUAAAAGUAAUCAACGUUUGGCAAGAGCAGUUCUUGUUGAUACUGAGCAAAAAGUAAUAAGUAAGAUUUAUAACGAUAAAAGUAAUUCAUGGACAUAUUCAACAACGAAUGUAAUUUGUCAAGCUGGCGGAGGUUGUGCAAAUAAUUGGGCAUUUGGUUAUAUGAUAAAAGGAUAUGAAUUAAGCAAUGUGAUAUUAAAUUGUGUCAGACAAGAAAUUGAAAAAUUAGAUCAUUUUGAUGGAUUUCUUUUGUUACUAAGUUCUGCAGGUGGAACAGGAUCUGGCAUUGGAAGUUAUAUUACAAAACUAUUGCGUAAAGAAUAUGGUAAAAAAUCUAUUGUUAACACAACAAUAUUACCAUUUUCAUUUGGAGAAGUAUGUACACAAAAUUAUAAUACAUUAUUGACUUUAGCAAAACUUUACAGUGAAAGUGAUAUCAAUAUUUUAAUUGAGAAUGAACAGAUAUAUAAUAUAUGUACCAAUUUAUUGAAGAAAUCACCUACAAAUUUACAAGAUAUGAAUGAGGUUAUUUCAGAAAAGCUACUAGCUGUAUUUCAACCAGUAGAUUGUAUAAACCAUAACAUAAAUUCAUUAUUAUCACAGAUAGCAUGUCACCCUUCAUAUAAAAUAGCAACAAUCAAGAGUAGCCCACAUAUACCUGCAGCAUUCGCAAACUAUGAACCUGUGUAUAAUUGGAAUUCAUAUAUACAUCAUUUAAAGCAAACGCUUAGAAUAUCAAACUUCAAUUCACAGUUAACUAAUGUUGAAUUAAAAAUACCAUCUAAUUCAUUAAGCAACACCACACAUCAUACAUAUGCUUGCUCAAUAUCAAACGUUUUGAUAACUCGUGGAAUAGCAUCAGAACAAGAUCCUAUAGUAACAGACAUAUUUAAAAAAAAACAUUUAUAUGCAGACUGGAAUACAAUUAAUUGGUUCACUCAUUUGCAUCAAAACCGAAAAUUCUUAAACCAUGAUAAAUUUCUUGCAUUGAUAACCAAUAAUUUCCAAAUUUCUUAUUCUUUGGAUAUACUUUUAAACAAAGCUUGGAAGUCUUAUGUUCAUUCUGCAUUUUUACAUCAAUAUAAACAAUUUGGUUUAGAAGAAGAUGAUUUUUUACAAGCAUUCGCAGUGCUUGAAAAUGUUGUAAAAGAUUAUAAAGAAUUGGUUCCUCAUGCAAAGCAAUAAUAAAUCAUAAUUAGUUUUCAUAAUUGAAAUGUAAUAAAUAAAACGUUAAUUAUAAACUUUUUACAACAUUGUUUGUGUUCAUAAAUUUUUACUUGUAUCACAAAAGCAAGCUAUUUUUCGUGACGAAUUCAAAUAUUGUGUACGUAGGAGUCAAAAACACGUAUGGAAGGGUAACUAUGACGUCACAAGAAAAUCGACCAACUUGCGACGUUGUAUAUUGCAUAUUAUGUAGGUAUAAUAGAUAUCUACGUCUAAAAUGCAACAAUGACAAAGACAAAACAAGAAAUGUAGUAAAAAAAGAUAAAAAGAAAUUUAACAUAGAGAAGACGAGACGUAUUUAACAAAUCGAGAAUGGUUUUCAGUUUAACUUGGAGAGAGUGGGAGAAAGUAAAUGAGAAAAUGAGCAUCUUUGUACUACACAUCCCUUUUAUAAUGUGGGAGUUAGGAAUAAGUAGGAAGGUAUAUUCUGCGCUUGUGCGAAGGGGCGGCUGAAUCCAAAUGAUGCAGAACGAAAAAGUUCUGACCAUUUCCAAGAAACAACGAAAAUAUUUCCAAGAACCGUAGUCAUCUAUUUCCCCUCUUCUGUUCAUCCAGGGAGAAUCAAAAGAAUAAAUUUAUGGAGAACGGUAUUAUAUGGUACAGCAUCACUGUUAAAAUAUAAUGAAACUUUGAAUUUUAUUUGAUUAACUUUAAUUAUAAUUAAACUUUGAGAAUAUUGUGUAAUAUAAUUUUUAAAACAUGAUUAUCGAUAUUUAAUAACUAAUAUAUUGGAUUAUUUAACGCUUACAGAUUAUUUUAAGAUUUAAAUAUUUUACAUAUAUAAAUGAUGUUACAUAUUAUUGGGCGCAAUCAAAUUUAAGUAUUUUUUAUAAUUAUAUCAAUAUAGGACAUUUUGAAAUUUCUAAAUAAAAUGAUCUGUUAUGGUUGUCUAAGAUAUUUCAAGGUCUUACUUUUAGACGCGUUAUGUAAAGGUAGAAAAAAAGAAAAGAAUCUAUGGCGUGGGGAAUACUAUAUAAACAACGACAGAUGCACUAUCCACACCGUUCUCUAGCAUCAGUCAAGCGUUACAGGUACAGCUACGAUUGUCAGAAACUCGUUUGCUGCCCCUUCAUCGCCCCCACUGCAUAUCCUAACUAUUGAGCACCUUUAAGAUUAAGUAUACCCCACUACUAAUCUUUUAAAUCUGGCGAUAGUAUGUAUGUAUUGCCAUAAAAAAAGACAAGGUUUUUGAAUAUGAAUUAAUUACAUAAAUCUUGAGGCAUAUGUA